AUGGAGUCACAUGAUAAUUCAAAAAUGGCAGAGCUCUUCAUGGAAUGUGAAGAAGAAGAGUUGGAACCAUGGCAGAAGAAAGUAAAAGAGGUUGAUGAUGAUGAUGAUGAUGAGCCGAUCUUUGUUGGCGAGAUAUCAAGUUCAAAACCAGCAAUUUCAAAUAUUUUGAAUAGAGUAAACCCCAGCUCAUAUUCGAGGGGAAUAAAGAAUGGUGCACUCUGCCGAGGUAUUACUCCUGCAUUCAAGCCUACAAGUCAACAUUACACGAACCCAGCAUCAAAUCCAGUGGCUGCCUCGCCAGUAAAUUUUCAUCCUGAAUCUAGAUCUUCAGAUAGUUCUGUUAUUGUUCAGCCUUUGUCUAAACCUGGUUAUGUAACAAACUCAUCACGAGUUGUUUCUAAUAAUUCUUCAGAGUUACUGUUUGACUUGACCCAAGAUUCAGGAUUACCGCAUUACCAAGGAGGACCAGCACUUUCUAUAACAGGUAUGAAUGAAAGUUCAUUUUUAUCAAAACGUCCUUCUACUUCUGAAGUAAACAGUGUUAACCCAAAAAAGUCUAAACCCAGUGAAGGUGUUUCUGGAACAAAUUCCUCAGCUGUAUUUUCUUCAGUUAAAUCUUUUUCAGUGACAUCUCCCCAGGCUAUGCCAUCAAAAGGUACAAAUACUUCAUCAAAUCAGUCUAAAAAUGGAACACCUUUUCCAAGAGCCUGUCCAAAGUGUAAUAUUCAUUUCAAUCUUUUGGAUCCUUUGAAAAAUCACAUGAAGUACUGUUGUCCAGACAUGAUAAAUAACGUUUUGGGGCUGGCUAAAACAGAAAUUUCAAGUACAGCAAAUAAAAAUAAAACUGUUGAUUCAGAAAAAGGAAAACUGAUUAUGUUAGUUAAUGACUUUUAUUAUGGGAAACAUGAAGGAGAUGUUCAGGAAGAACAGAAGACUUACACAACCUUUAAAUGUUUCAGUUGCUUGAAAAUUCUUAAAAAUAAUAUUAGGUUUAUGAACCACAUGAAACAUCAUUUGGAACUUGAGAAGCAGAGCAGUGAAAGCUGGGAAAACCACACCACCUGCCAGCACUGCUACCGUCAGUUUCCCACACCAUUUCAGCUGCAGUGUCACAUUGAAAGUACACACACCCCCCAUGAAUUUUCUACCAUUUGCAAAAUAUGUGAAUUGUCAUUUGAAACAGAGCAUAUCCUUUUACAACAUAUGAAGGACAAUCAUAAACCUGGUGAAAUGCCAUAUAUUUGCCAGGUUUGCAAUUAUAGAUCAUCAUCAUUUUCUGAUGUAGAAACUCAUUUUAGAACAUCUCAUGAAAACACCAAGAACUUGCUAUGUCCAUUUUGUCUCAAAGUUAUUAAAAUUGCGACACCCUAUAUGCAUCAUUAUAUGAAGCAUCAGAAAAAGGGAAUACAUCGUUGUACAAAAUGCAGACUGCAAUUUUUAACAUGCAAAGAGAAAAUGGAUCACAAGACUCAGCAUCAUCGGACAUUUAUAAAACCUAAACAACUAGAAGGAUUGCCUCCUGGAACAAAAGUUACUAUUCGAGCUUCAGUUGGACCUCUUCAAUCAGGAUCUUCAACCACACCUUCCAUUAGUGCAAGCACUUCUACCCUUCAGCUCUCACCUCCAAGGACUAAAAAUAUAACUGCUAAAAGUCCCACAAAAUCCAACACAACUAAACCUAAUAUAACUAAAUCCAUUGCAAGUAAACCUAAUGCAAGUAAGCCUAAUGGAAAUAAACCUAAAUACAAAUCAAAAAUAUCUAAUCUGCAAAAGAAACAAAGCACAUUGGCUAGUAGCAAUAAAAAAAGUAAAGUCAAUACAGCAUUGAGGAAUUUAAGGUAUCGUCGGGGAGUUCACAAGUGCAUUGAGUGUUAUUCUGAAAUAAAAGAUUUUGCAAACCACUUUCCUACAUAUGUCCACUGUAGUUUUUGCAGAUACAACACUAGCUGUAGCAAAUCCUAUGUGAAUCAUAUGAUGAGCUUUCAUAGUAAUCGUCCAAGUAAAAGGUUUUGUAUUUUUAAGAAGUAUUCAGAAGAUCUCAGGGGCAUUACUCUAGUGUGCCUUAAUUGUGAUUUCCUAACUGAUGUUUCUGGCUUAGAUAAUAUGGCUACACACUUAAGUCAACAUGAAACUCAUACUUGUCAAGUUGUAAUAGAGAAAGUUUCUGUUUGUAUCCCAACUUCUGAACAUCUUUCUGAAUUAAAAAAUGAAGCUCCCACAAAGGAUCAAGUAUCUGUGUCUGAGGAAAUUACAAGAUCUAAUUUGGCUGAAGGAGAAACAGAAACAUCAAAUUCUGAAAGUAAACAAGAUGAAGCUUCUUCAGAGGAAAUAAAAACUGGAUGUGAUGUGCAUUUAUUUGAAGGCUCAUCAACAACAAAAAGUGAAGAAGACGUAUCCGUUUCAGAUAAAAAAAAUGAUAACUGUCUUGAAGAUCAGGAAACUGGCUCAAAGAAUAUCUUCGGUUAUGAUUCAGCUAUUGAUGCAGAUAAAGUGGAAAAGGAAAAACAAGUAGAGAACAUAUGUCAGGAAACAGAGUUGAAGAUGUGCCAAAGUUCAGAAAACCUCAUUGCAUGUGAUCAGAUUGAGGAUCGCAAUGCUGGUGGAGCUAGAUUUUCUUCCAAGAAUAUCAAAGAUUUGAGGUUAACAUCUGGUGAUGUUAGUAUUGAUCAGUUUUUGAGAAAAAGAGAUGAACAUGAAUCUGUUAGUUCUGAUGUUAGUGAGCAAGGCAGUAUUCAUUUGGAACCUUUGACUCCAUCAGAAGUGCUUGAGUUUGAAGCCACAGAGAUUCUUCAGAAGGGUAGUGGUGAUCCUUCAGCCAAGACUGAUGCUGUAGUGUCUGAUCAAACAGAUAACAUUCUUGGAGAAAAUAGCCUUAGCACAACAGAGACAACAGGAGACCUGGUAGAUGAAAAAGAAAGAAGUUGA